GUUAUUACAUUCUCUGCAGUCAGCUGAUCGAUGCAGGACUAACUUCAGGACGGCGUCAAUAAAAAAUACGUAUGUAUUCCGUCCUAGUUAGAUAAGGAAACAUCGAGCAGAAACAAUUUUUGAACAGAUAGGAAUAAUAGGCCGUUGAAUGCCCUAUCGUUACCUACAUUUACAUAUUAUACUAGCAGUCACUAUAUCAUUAUAAUAAAAGGUUAGCGAACUCUGCAAACGUCCGCAGUUUACUGCAGUUAUUUCGUAGACAAUUCUUUUGCACUCUGCUGUGCAAUGAAAUAGGCUAGGAUCCUUAUAGGGAUUUUAAUGAAUUCCAUAUGACCUUAUAUGUCUUAUGACCUAUUUAGAGAUGAAAAAAAAAAAACUAUUUAAAAGGGAGCAUCCAAUUCUUUACAAUCAUUUUCUAUCAUGCGGUCAAGUAAGAAAGGUAGGAAUAUAGUAGAGUAAACGCCUAUUGUAUAAAGUUCAUUGAACAAAAUUUCAACUUUUAAAGAAUACUUUUCUAUUUUUAUUUCUAUUUCUUAUUUCUUUUUUUUUCUUUUGUUAAAAAAUUGAAUUUAUUUCUUCUAAAAUACAAAAGAAAGAAACAAUACAAAAAAAAACUAAAUAUCCCUUUUUCGGAAGCAGAUAUGCCUAAGCAGCGUCACAAGUCUGGAGAAUCGACAUUCAGCCAAGAUUCUAUUUCAUAUUACAUACCAACACCUCCAGAUGGCGGGUACGGUUGGAUAAUUGUUCUAGCUAGCUUCUUAAACCAUGUAAUUGUUGAUGGAAUUUGUUUUACUUCUUCCAAUUUCCUUUCCGAGUUUAAAGAGCAUUUCAAGUCUGGAGAAGGGACGACAACUCUAGCCAGCUCUUUAUUGUGUGGAGGUUAUUUGUUAGCGGGUCCAAUCGCAAGUGCUCUAACUAACAAGUUCGGAUGCAGAUCAGUUUGCGUAACAGGGUCAAUAUUCACAUCCGCAUCUUUUCUCAUUGCAAGUUUCAGCCCAAACAUACAAAUUUUAAUAUUAACUUAUGGACUAAUGGGUGGAAUAGGCUUUGGUCUAAUCUACCUACCAUCAGUGAUUGCCGUGUCGUAUUACUUUGAUCGUAAAAGAGCACUAGCAACGGGUAUUGCUGUUUGUGGAGCCGGAGUUGGUACUUUCAUAUUCGCUCCUCUAGGGAAUGCCCUAAUUAAGCAUUUAGGUUGGAAAAAUGCACUAAGAGUGAUAGCUGCUAUAGUCUUGCUUGGAAUAUUUAGCGGACUUCUUCUCCGGCCCUUGGAACCAGUCAAAUCAAAACCAAGAAGGAAGAAUGUCUUUGAUCGCUUAUGUGAAAGAAUACGCGUAAGUCGACGAAAAGAAAAACCUACGGAAGAGAAUGACGAAAAAAUUGCUGAAAAAGUUCAGGAAGCCAAGCUAAUGAGGGAAGCAAGACUUAGAGUUGAAGAUAGCGAACAGGAAGUCAGUUCAUUGCCAUCAUUAAUCGUUAAUAAGGAGCCACCAACCACUCAAUCUAAUGGUCAUGUACCAACGAUAAAUGUUGAAGCGAUAGAAAAGGAACCUAAAACAGUAUCGUUCACGAAGGCAGCAGUUGCCAAUGGGGUAGAUGAAGAAAAGAAUGAACUACUAUUAACCAAACCCCAAAAUGGAACUAAAUCAUUAUCCGAAAACCAUCUGGCUGUACCAAAGCCGAAACUUCGAAAACCUCAAGGAGUUCAUCGAGAAGAUUACGCCAGACCUAUGUAUCGACAGGAUAUAUUUUAUAGUGGUAGCAUAAUGCAUAUUGCGAAUUUUACUUCUCAACCGAAUAUGGGAAGUUAUGUUGCCAGCAUUACAGCUAUUCCAGCUGCUAGUGAAAGUGGUAAGGAUAGCUUCUUUGCAAAAGUUACCUCAAGAAUCCCCAAACCAGUGUUUGAUGUAUUGAAAGAAAUGUUUAAUUUCAAGAUGCUCUCUAAUAAGAGAUUUGCUAUGGUAUGUUUGGCCAAUGUUUUGGGUAUGAUUGGACUUUACGUUCCAUUCAUAUAUAUGAAGGCAAGAUGUUUACCUCUUGGUAUUAAUGAUGAAAAAAGCUCUCUGUUAUUAUCAGUCAUAGGAAUAACUAAUACCCUCGGUCGAGUUAUUUCCGGUUGGCUAGCCGAUUUAAAAUCGGUUGAUCCCCUCUUAUUGCACAACGUUGCCAUAUUGGUAGCAGGCGCUGUAUCUAUAAUAUCGACUUUUUUUAAAACUUAUGCUUUGAUGACGGUUUUUGCAGCUAUUUUCGGUUUAAGUGUAGCUACAUGGAUAUCUUUAACGUCGAUUACACUUUGUGAACUGGUCGGUCUUGAAAAGCUAACAAAUGGCUUUGGUAUUCUCACUAUGCUCAGGGGUAUCGCUAUUAUAGGUGGAGUUCCAUUGGUUGGAGAAAUUUAUGAAAAGUUUAAAUUAGACGUAACAGUAACUUAUCAUAUUGGUGGCUCAAGUCUAAUUGUAGCUGCUUUUGCUGUCAUGCUCUUAUUUUUGCCUUGCUUUAAAAGGGAAAGGUCAUUGCCCGAGAUGACGGAAGAGGAGAUUGAAGAAAUAUUUGUUGACCUUGAUCCGACACAAAACGAAUGUUUUAUGAAUAAUGGUAAAUCUAUUGAUGAGAUCGUUGAUACACGACCUUCAAAUGGUGUAAUAGUCCACGUUGAUGAAAAGGCUUGA